AUGAGCAGAGCCAAGGAGGGGAACUUGCAAUAUGGCUCAAUCAAAGCAGCUUCCAUAGAAUUCAACAUUUCUAUGAGAUGUAUUAGUGGUAUUUGGAACUCAGCAAAGAAACACACUGAAACAAUGCUGAAAGAUAGUGUGUUAACCAAUAUGCACAGGUGUGGCAGAAAAAGAAUUCAAGUACCAGUUGAUAGCAUCACAAGUUUGGCAAUGGGCCAAAGAUCCUGUAUUAGGGACUUAGCAUCAAUGCUGCAAGUUUCCAAAAGUACAGUCCAUAGGAUGAUGAAGAGGGGACUAAUCAGGCCUCACACAAAUCCCCUGCACCCAGGUUUAAAGGAGCCUAACAAGAAGACAAGACUUCAGUGGAUACUUAAUUUGUUAAUGGGAGACAACCCAUUGACAAUGAGAAAAUAUUACCCAAUGUACGAUUUUGUGCAUUUGGAUGAAAAGUGGUUCUACUUAUCAAACAAAUCACAAAGGGUGUACUUGGCACAAAAUGAAAGAGGCCAAUAUAGGGCUGCAUGUUCCAGUAAAUUCAUACCAAAGGUAAUGUUCACUGCUGUGGUUGGUAGGCCAAGGUACAAUGAAGAUGGUGAGUGUACCUUUGAUGGUAAGAUUGGGAUUUUCCCAUUUACCUAUCAAGAAGCUGCUAAGAGGUCUUCAAAAAAUAGGCCAAAGGGGACUAUGGUUACUAAAACUGUUGAAUCUGUGAAUCAGAGAGUCACAAGGCAAAUGUUAAUUGAACAAAUUAUUCCAGUAAUCAAAGCCAAAUGGCCACAAGGUGAUGGUGGACCAAAGACCAUUUUCAUCCAACAAGAUAAUGCAAAAGCGCACAUUACGCAGGAUGACCCUCAAUGGCAGCAAGUUUAUCAACAAGAUGGGUUCACCUUCAUCCUACUUCAACAACCACCAAAUAGUCCAGAUCUAAACAUCUUAGAUUUGGGUUUUUUCAGGUCUAUUCAGUCCCUAAUGCACAAAAAAAUGCCACAAGAUGUGGACAAGAUGUUGGAAGCUGUCCAUGAAGCUUACCAUGAACUUGAUCACAAAACGCUUAGCAAUGUAUGGUACUCUCUACAAUUUGUGAUGAAUGAAAUUUUAAAAUGUGGGGGUGGGAAUGACUAUGAUAUACCACAUGUGAACAAGAGAAGAAUACAAAGUGAGGGCAAGCUUGAAGACCAAGUGACUGCACCUAUGUGGGCAGUUAAUGAAGCAUGGGAGAAGGUAAUGAAUGGGGCAUCAAGUUCAAACAUCAAUUAG